AACGCAAACAGUCAGUGUCAGGGCAAGACAGGAAUAGAUUCAACUUUUUUAGUACUCAAGAAACGCUUUUUCUAUACUUUCAUCAUUGGUUCCUAAAUUUCGCUCUUUCAACAACUACACCUCACGACCAACAUGAAGGAUCGUAAACCUCCGUUCCCUUGUGCCCUUCUCAGAGCGUCACUCUCCUGGCUCGUCGUGGGCAGAGUAAACGGCGCAGGAGCUGUUUCCUUGUCCUCUCCGCCACCGCCAUCUAGGGGCAGAGUGCCUUCGUCGCUACGAGCAGAAAUCCACCACGAAGAUCACGAUGACAGUGGCGAAAAUACUAGGUCAUCUCCUGCUUGCGCUUCACCCAGUUCAUCUAGCACAAAGAGUAGCAUUAAGCGUAGCAAUAUAGCGUGUACUUCCAGAAGUUCUUGUAAAAGAAAUUCAGCUGGGAAACUUCUUCUCUCCAGUUUGCCCGCCGCCGCCACCGCGUUCGGCUUAGGUACGGGAGGCACAGCUUGGAGCAGUCUGGCUGCUAGCAGUGUACAUCCGAGUCCAUCUCCAGCUUCUAACAGGGUACUAGAACUGCAACGGCCAUUUCCAGUGUUUUCACAACUUCAAGAUAUCAGUUCAAGUCUCAAUCUGGAUGAUACAGGUAGCUACAAGAACUAUGAGACACCUGGUGUUGCCAAGAUGAACCCUCUACAAGGUGUCGGCGUCGAGACAACACUAGGACGUUGGUGGCGCGCUCAGCAAGAAAAAGAAGAAGAUACUAAAACAGGGAUGAAGCAACAGCAACAGCGAGUGCACGAACAGCGACAUCAAGAACUAGCGCGACAAGAGGAUAUUCUCUCACCAGAACCUGUUGUGUCUCUUCUCUCGCAGCAACUCAACACUCAACAACUAGCACAGAGAACCACGUCGCAGCCACGGCGAAUAGUUGAGCGGGGCGGCGAAUUCCAUGGCACUUGGUUAGAAGAAUUUGACGACAACUACCAGCAUCAAACAGGAAGAGACGGUUUGCCCUAUUACUACAACGAAGUAGCGACAAUAGGUUAAGGGUAGGUUAAAGGUGCUUUUGUGACCGUUAUUUAUGACUCUCCUAAGGGGGACGGCAAUAGCAAACGGUAGAAACGAACACCAAAAACCUACCUCUAAAUAGGAGAAGACCCUUCAUCUCGUUUGCAUUAUCGUGACACACUAGGCCGUAUCUCUUGGGUAGAGGACUAUCCCUUGCCAGAGGAGGAAUACGGGCGUCCGAAGGAGAUUUCAUUUGAUGAGUGGAUGGCACGAUCCGACAGAAUGCAGUUCAUGAAACCAGUGACUGAGAUUGAUCAUCUGUAGGUCAGCGUCAGUGCGCUAGGGAUCAGGGGGCAUAAUUGUUGUAAGCAUCAAAAAACACAGUUCAAUUCUUGCGUAGGUCUGUGCAUCAAAUAACAUUCAGUUCUAGAGAAUAAAGUUCAGUGGCAAUCAUUUUUGUGAUUCAAGAAUGAACAUGAAGAGUUGUAUUUCGUUUUGUUGCUCUAAAAUUAUAGAUUUCGUGUCUCAUAGGCUAGAUUUUCAUCACAAUCACAAAACAUAAGUACCUCUAAACACCAGUAUGCGGCAUACUCAUACGUAUUACAAGCGAAAACGUUCGCGAAAUGCAGCAGUAGUUUUUAAGCACUAACUAUACACAAAAUCAGACAACUCGUGUGUAAAAGCGGCGAAGUUGUCGUUCUUCUGACGUUCUUGAGUCAAGCACGACUCUCACUUUAUCUCUUACGACGAACCUUUUGUACAUCUUUUCGACGUGGAGAAGGAACAUUUUCGACCAGCAACCUAUCCGGUAUGCUAUCC